AAGAGGUUGGGGGAGAUGGCGGUGCAGGGUUGUCCUCUUCCUACAGACUCUGAAGAGGAGAGCGGUGCUGCGGGGCCAGCCCGGCCCCUCCCCAGCAUGCAGACCUUCGCCUUCCAGACGCAGAUGAGAAGGGGCCGCUUCAGCGUGGUGCGGCAGUGCCGGGAGAAGGCCAGUGGGCGCGUGCUGGCUGCCAAGAUCGUGCCCUACCACCCCGCGGACAGGACUGCCGUGCUGCGGGAGUACGAGGCCCUCAAGGGCCUACGCCACCCACACCUGGCGCAGCUGCAGGCUGCCUACCUCAGCCCCAGGCACCUGGUCCUCAUCCUGGAGCUGUGCUCCGGGCCUGAGCUGCUCCCCUGUCUGGCCGAGAGGGCCUCCUACUCGGAAUCAGAGGUGAAGGACUACCUGUGGCAGAUACUAAGUGCCACCCAGUACCUGCAUGCCCAGGGUAUCCUGCAUCUAGACCUCAGGUCGGAGAACAUGAUUGUCACAGAGUAUAACCUGCUCAAGGUCAUCGACUUCGGAAACGCCCAGAGCUUGGCCCAGGAGAGGGUCCUGCCCUCAGAGAGAUUCAAGGACUACAUGGAGACCAUGGCUCCGGAGCUCCUGGAGGGCCAGGGUGCUGUCCCGCAGACUGACAUCUGGGCCAUAGGCGUUACAGCCUUCAUCAUGUUGAGCGCUGAGUACCCGGUGAGCGGUGAGGGAACGCGAGACACGCAGAAGGGCCUGCGCAAGGGGCUCAUCCAGCUGAGCCGCUGCUAUGCCGGCCUGUCUGGGGGCGCUGUGGCCUUCCUCCGAAGCACGCUGUCUGUGCACCCCUGGGUCCGGCCGUGUGCGUCCAGCUGCCUGCAGAGCCCGUGGCUGACGGAGGAGGGCCCAGCCAGCUCCCAGCCCGCGGCGGUGGCCUUCCCAACCACGGGUCUGCGCGUGUUUGUGCGAGAGCGCGAGAAGAGGCGGGCACUGCUGUUCAAGAAACACAGCCCGACCCGCGUGCGCUGAAUCCCCGGCCUCGGGGCCGCGCCUCCGCCUCUCAGGACGCCCUGCAUGUGCACACGCAGCAAUAAAAGCAGCGCCGAUGAGCUGUC